AUGACAUGUGAAUCAAAUUUACGAAAAAGGCAUUCGAAUUCGCAUCGAAUAUUUUCAUCCAUGAAUAUCUAUGGUGAUAGUCAAAUGUCUAAACGGCCAGUCAAUGCUCUGUUGAUUAUUGAUGUACAAAAUGAUUUCAUUGACGGAAGUCUUGCUCUUCGCAAUUGUCCAUCUAAACAUAAUGGUGAAGAAGUAAUACCGAUUAUUAAUGAUCUCCUAGAUUCUGGUGACUUCGAUGUUAUUGUUUACAGUAUUGAUUGGCAUCCAGCUGAUCACAUAUCGUUCUAUGACAAUCUUCAUCUUCGCUCGCAUCUUCUUACAAAUGAUUCGAUACAAUUAGCUGAUCUUCAUCUUCAUUCAAACGCAAAGUUUGAUAUUCCUAAUGUUGCUGUCAUGGAACAAGUGCUUUGGCCUCGACAUUGUGUUCAAAAUACUACUGGUGCUAAUCUACAUCCUGAUUUGAAAGUAUUUGAUGCAAGUAGUGGUAAAUCAGUCAUUUAUAUUUUUAAAGGAACAAAACCGAAUAUUGAUUCAUAUUCAGCUUUUUGGGAUAAUUUAAAAUUAAGUGAAACAAAUUUACAUCAGCAAUUACAGGAGAAAAAUGUUUCUCAAAUAUUCGUAACUGGUUUAGCAACAGACUACUGUGUAUAUUCGACAGCUGCUAAUGCAGUAGAAUAUGGUUAUAAAACAUUUAUUAUCAAAGAUGGAUGUCGUGGAGUAGAUGAAAAACACAUCAAAGAAAAACUUGAUAAUUUUAAACAGAACAGUGGUCAUGUGAUUCAAUCAAGUCAAGUGAAAGACUACGUUCAGUAA